ACUUCCCCACCAUCCCUCACUCUUCCCAAGUAGUAACUCAGAAACCCAACUUUAUUUUCUCCACAAUAAUCAUUUGAAAGGCAGAGUAAUGACUUAAAAAAGCUCCACGCUCUGCUAAUUGGCCGGCUUUAUUUGUACCCCAACACGGUAUUCUUGACUUAAAAACAAGAAACGAACAUUUUUCAAGUGUCUGUCGCCUGCAAACUUAUACCUCUGCCUUCCAUUUGUCUCCUUCUUUAUAUCUGUUCCUCUUUCAAGUUUUCUAUAUUGACAGGACUCAACCUUUUAGUAGUAAAAAAAAAUGGAAAGAAAAGUUGUGAGAGAAAGCGAAGAGAUUGUUCUUCUCAAAGAAACAGAAGAAGAAUUAGAAGAAGAUGAAGAAGAAGCAUUAUCUCUAUGUGAUCUUCCAAACAAUGAAGAGAAUCAAACGAAGAAAGAAGCUUCUGGGGGUAAUGAAUUAGCCCAAGAAGACUUUGAUUUUGGUGGUAAUUUGUUGAAAGAGUCAGAAAUGUGUACGGCAGAUGAAGUUUUUUACCGAGGCCAAAUCUUGCCAUUACGUCAUUCAAUUAGUUUGCCAAAUGAUAGCCGUAAUAGUAGUACUAUUCGGUUCAUGUCAAGAUCAGAGUCAAUGGAGGAACAUUGUCACGACACAAAUUCAAGCAGUAGAAGUAGCAGUAUACGAAGCCAACGUUCAUCUAGCAGUGGUAGUUCUUCAAAUAUUAGCACUCCAAUAUGUUCUAAAUACAAGCCUAGAAUUCGAAAUCAAUUCCAUUCACAUCCUAGUCCGACACCCCAGGUUCGAACUUCAAAGGUUGUCCAGUCAAACGUUAAUAAUUCAAGUCGAAAAUCGACACUGUGGAGUCUUUUUCGUGUUGGUCUAGUGACAACACCGGAAAUUGCAUUACAAGAUCUUAAAUCCAGAAGCAACAAGGAUUAUUCGGGAAGUCGAAAUAGCACGAGCAGUAGCAGCAGCGGCAUGAGUAAUUAUGACAUUAAGAUGAGAUCAAUUAUACUAAGCAAGAAAAAGAAACAGAGUUUUUUUCUUGGUAGCUGUAAAUGUUCAGCAAAUGCAGUAGAAAGUACAGUUCCUUCAAAUGUUGUGAUCAUGAACAGGAACAGUAUAAUUACGAAAACAAGAAAGGCGACAGAGUUCCAUGAACAGGACGAUAAGAAGGAUGUAACAGAGAACAUGAAAGUGACAAAAAAGCAAUCAAUGUCACGUCAUCGAACGUUUGAAUGGUUAAAGCAACUUUCACUAGAAGGUCCAGCUGAUGAAACAUAAAAGAUUUCAAAGUGUUACGCAUGCUUAGUUUCGUUUUAUUAUACUAACUUUUUUUUUCUUCUUUAUUGAUGUAAUGUAACUUUAUUGUUACGUGCUUAAUUACAUUGGCUUUUCUUUUUGUUGAUUUUGAGUAGUGGAUUCGUGAAGUUGAGUAAUUAUAUUGGAACUUGGUUGAAGUAAUUGAGGACGCAAUUGUAUAAUGUAAGAAAGAGCUAGCUAAGAUGUUUGAUGUGAAUUGUGAUUAAAUAAUGACCAUUAUUUUCUUUUC